ACAAGCUUGUUUGCUGCGUAGCUGGCACACUCCGCUCAAGAAGCGUGAGGAUAUGUUGCUAACGCAUUUCAAUAAAAGUCAAAUUAAUUCAACGACAGCAAUAUUACAUUAUAUUUAGCUGUUACUAAAUAUCGACUGUGGGACACCGGUGAGGAUAUUCCAGUUUUUCGAUUUAUUUAUUUUGAUUAUUCACAGUAACAGAGUUUGCGUUGAUCACAAGCUAGUCAGUCUAACGUUAACGUUAGUUGAUCCGUUAAACUCUCGCUUAUGUCAAACUGUCUGUUUAUCUAGUAAGGAAAACAAUAGCUUCUUAAAAUAUUAACGUUACAUGAAUUCGUUUUCUCUCGUGCAUUUUGUCUGUACAAUAAAACAUACAGAACUGUCAUUAGCUGUAUUGCAAAAUAACCACUCGUGCAUGUUUGACAUUGGGUUGCACUUGUUAUCCGAACACCAGUGGCACAUGGAAACUAAUUUAUAUAACAAAGCAUUUAUUUUUUGCUAAUUCAGAAGGCAUUAUUCGCAAACGUCACUUGGAAGCAGCAAGUCAAAUCUAUUGCAUAGUGCGCAAUACGUGAUCGUAGCAAACAAAGAUGUUCCCCUCCCUCCAUCAUCGCCCUAUGUGCAGCAUAGGGACCAGAGCUGUUCGACUUCAAACUUUAAGUACUUUUAAACACAGCGAUGAGAUAGGAAAAAUAAGUAGCAGAUCGUUGACUUUCUCGUGGCUGGGACAGCGCGUGGGCCUGCUGCUGUCAUGGCUCCAGAAAGCAGGAAGGGGAACUAACGCACUGGCAUCCGAGAAGAAGAAGAAGGAAAAACUGUUGUCUAUAUUUGCAAACCACUGUAGUUUUGUGACAGGCCAGAGGUUGAGAAGGGCUUUUCAGAUAGGAGAGCUGUACUCAAACCUUUACUCGGAGAGAAGCAGGUGGACGCUCGUGGGCAGCAUAUGGCGGCGCCUGCAGAGCAAACACGCGCCCGCUGGAAAGCUCAUAGCAGCACUCGCUGGGGUCUUCAUGUGGGAGGAUGAGAAGAUCCGAGAUGAUGAGCUCAGAAGGUGUGCAUUGGAGCUGCAGGCACUGGAAUCUGUGAAAGGUCAAAGUGGAAACCCAAAGUCUGCUGUAAUUGUAGAUCCCGGCUGGGAGGUGGUUAUGGAUAAGAAAAACUUUAGAGUAUGGAGAAGACCUAUCCAGGGAAGCCAUCUGUUUGAAUACAGAGUGUUUGGUUCUUAUACAGAUGUCACUCCGCGGCAAUUCUUCAAUGUUCAGUUGGAUACAGAAUAUAGGAAGAAAUGGGACGCACUGGUUAUUAAACUGGAAGUGGUGGACAGGGAUGUCAACACAGGCACUGAGGUUGUUCAUUGGGCAACGCAUUUUCCGUAUCCCAUGUACUCCAGAGAUUACGUCUAUGUGCGCCGCUAUCAUGUCGAUAUGGAUAACAGCUUGAUGAUUCUGGUAUCCAGAGCUGUCAAACACCCUAGCGUCCCUGAGACCCAGGAAUUUGUCCGGGUUCAUUCUUACCAGUCUAAAAUGGUCAUCCGUCCACACAGGUCAUUUGAUGAGAAUGGCUUCGACUACCUGCUGACUUACAGCGAUGAUCCACAAACAGUCUUUCCUCGCUACUGCGUCAGCUGGAUGGUAUCGAGCGGCAUGCCUGACUUCCUUGAGAAGCUUCACGUUGCCGCUCUCCGAGCCAAAAACAUGGAUGUAGGUGUCCGCGACUACGUCAGCUUCGUCAAACCCACCCAGAUCACCCAGGAACGGCUUGGAGCCGACAACAAUCACAACUCUGGUCCAAACCAGAUCUAUGCCUGAACAAGAGACACUGGAUAAUAUGACCCACAACAAUGUGGUCAAUAAUAGAAGGCACGGAUAUUCAAAACAUCUACUUCCAAAUGUUUUUGUUUGCCGGUCUUGCACUUCUAGCAAUACUGAGCAACAUCCGUUUUUUGUGCUAGUUUACUUCCGCUUUCUGUAGGGUGCAUCUGCGCUACCAUCAAUUACAAAGCUUGCCAAAGCUGCGUUUUUAUCCAUUUUACGCUUUAUCAUUGGAAUCAAGUGUGGUGUUGAGUUAAGGAAGAACCAUAGCAUGCAUCACUAAGUUCAAGUACAGGAAGUUGUGAUGCAAAAGCUACUUUUCUUUUUUGUGGUUGUUCUCUCAGCUUAUAAUGCAAUCGUCAGCAAGCAGACUAAGUAACUGUUUAUGUGCGUAAGAACAUUCACUGCCAGUACAACCAAAACAGCAUUCACAGGGCCACCAACAACCUCUACUGGAAACAAAAGAGAGGCGUGUCUUAUGCCAACCGCAAGAUCCUCACGAGCAGUCUUUGCUUACUUCUGCACCAUAGAGGGCUGUUUGAAGUGUUUUCUAUUCUGAUUUCAGCAAAUGUUUGCUAUACCUUCACUUUACACAGAGGAAGUUGAAUUGAUGCUUAAAGCAAUACUCCAGUUAAAUAUCUAAAUAUGAAGUAAUUCGAGGGUCAGUACAUCAUGGGGUAAUUUAGAUAUUUUACUGGGGUUUGCUUUAAGUUGGCGCAUAAUCUUACUUCAGGACAAAGAUUUUGUGCAAGUGAGUAAGAGUUUUGUCUCUUCGGUGUCUGUUAUACACAUUUAUGCUGUAAACUAAAUACGUUGUUGGAGAGAACUGGUACAGUCUUUAUUAAAAAUAAUUAAUUGGCCCAUUUAGUCUUAGAUUUAGAUUCGAUGAGAUACUUUUUAUGUCGGUAUAUAGUAUGACCUUUAUUUUACACUGAACAGUCCUGUUAUAGUUACAGUUGCACUUAACAUUUGCAUGAGAAACCAGAAUACGGAAAUCAAGGUUACGUAAAUCAUCAGAGGAAAUACAAAGGUACACCGAAAAUUGAUUUUUCCUCUGUUGUCUUAUGUUGUCUGCAGAGGAGAAUUUAAAAUGAAGACGGCUUGUAGGCUAUUCAGUCCCAAGGUCGGAUUUUACUUGGAGGAUUUGUGCAAAUACACUUCUGUAACAUCCGAAAUGUCCUCAGUUAGCACUUGAUAGCGGCAUGACAAAGUCUUGAAGACCAGAAAAGUGUUUGUGAUGUUACGAGAGGGGUUUAUUAAUAUAAGUAGUAAUUAAAUUAUGAGUUGCACUUAAUAAGGAAAGUUUCAAAAGAUGAGCAGUUAAAGAUUUUCCAUUGUUAGGAACUAUAAGCAAGUGUGAUUUCAAUAUAUUUAACCCAUGUGACUGACUAUCUUUAUUAAAAGCAUAGAUGAUGAACAUGUGUUUCUUGUUGCAUCACGUGAACGCAUUUGUUUUUGUUUUUUAAUUUUGUAAAGAUUAGUUCAAGUUUAGUGUGUGUUUACCCACUAUUCCAUUGGGCUUCUUCUUGACACUGGCCUAAAAAUUUUUGUUGCAACUUGUGUGUCUAGAUAACAAUAGGAUGUUUACAUCAGCAAAUGUCAUCAGAUAAAGCGGCAAAAAAUCUCUUGUAUUGAAAAAAAGUGGUUUUGUAUUUCCUUGAUUUUGGCCAGUCAAAAUGUACAUCUUCUAUUGCGGCGUUUCCCAACCCUAUUCUUGGGUUUUGGCUAGAAGGGAUACAGCAAAUGCCUAAAGAUGUUUAGGUUUGAGGGGUAGGAUUAGGAUGAAAACGGUGGUUCUGACUAGAUGGGAUACAGCUAUGGCCUAAAUCCUGUGAAAUGUUGGAUUAAGGUUUAGGUUUGGGGGUACACUCUCAGAAAAAAAGGUACAAAAGUUUCGUCAUUGGGACAAUACCUUUUAAUAAGGUCUUAAUAUGUACCAUUUAUAUGUACCUCUAGCAUGUACCCAAUGACAACUUUUGUAUCUUUAUGUACUUUUUUUGAGAGUGUAAAUUAGGAUAAAAACGGCGCUCAUCUGGCAAGAUUGCAGUGUUUGCUGUAUUCAUUCUAGCCACAACCCUGUUCCUAGAGGCACAUCAACACCAUACAUCUCUUCCUAUUCAAACACACUUGAUUCCACUCAUCAGCUUAUUCGUAGAGACUCCAAGAUGGGAAAUGAGAUGUGUGGGAGACAUUUAAAAUGUGCCCUGUUCCGGGUUGGAAAAUGCUCAUUGAUGUACCUUACAAAUUAAUUUUUUUUCUCUGAAUGUUUAAAUAUGUUUUUUUUAUUAAGGAUGAUCCUGUAAUAGCUGUGUCAUAUUUAUCACCAAAAAAGUAAAGGGUUUCAAUGGGAACGUUUUCAUUUUGCAUUAUGCCGAAGAAGCAGCAUUGCAGUCCUUUUCCAUUACAAAAAACAACAGUAUUAGUUUAUAAGCAGAUGGAUGUUACAGUUUCUGCUGAUUCUGAAAAUUAUUGUUGAGCAUGUUCAAUGCGUUCUGCUUGACUGUUUCGUCUAAACAUUGUCUAUGGCAUUACUAUAACACUCAAGUGCAUUUCCUUGAUGUUGGAAAACUGAUGUUUUAUACUCAUGAAAAACGUAUGAUUUAAAAGUUAAAUCAUUUAAUGGCAUAAUAAAAUAACUCCGCUGUGGCUACACAUUUGAUUGCUUUUCACUUUUUAUAUGAAGCUCUUGAAUUGUUUUCACGUAAUGAGUGAAUUAAUGCUGAAAUCGUUUUUGAACGAGUGAGUAGAUUAGAUUUGGAGCAUGAGAUUUUUUUUGCUCUAUUGUGAUCAAUGUAAUUCAUUAAUUGGUGACAAUAAAAGCCUAAAAUAAUU